AUGGUUUUCACAAGUGACUCCGGAAUUUGCUUUUAUGGUGUGAAUGUCGACUAUGGACAGAGUGGUGAAGUGAAUCCGGGGAGUAAUGAUGUUUGUGUUCUCUGUAACAAUGCUCCGGAAUCGAGAAGUCAUUUGUUCUUUGAAUGCAAAUUCUCUGCUCAACUGUGGGAAUUCAUUGCUAAAGGCUUACUGUGCAAUUUGUUUACCACUACCUUGUCUGAGAUCAUUCCCAUUAUAUCAGAUAAGACAAGGGAGAAGAAGAGUCUUUUAUGUAUCAGGUACGCAUUUCAAGCUGUCUUGUAUGCUUUGUGGAGAGAAAGAAAUAAGCUAAAGCAUGGUGAUAAGAUGAUGCCUUUGCCAGUUCUCAAAAGAGUUGCAGAGAAAAGGAUUCAUAAUAGAAUCAAUUUGGUGUGUAGAAGUGGAGUUAGAGGUAUGGAGGAGCAUGCAAUUCUGGUUUCUAUCUAG